CUGCUGGUCUUGAAGUCUCGCUAACUACUUGGAUACCUUCUCUCAUUCCUCGGAACGAAAAAGCGAGAGUACAUUCUCCUUUUUAGUGCAUUUCAGCUGCGUCAGCAGUUUAUUCUUUCUUAUUCCCUUUCCCGUGUUCAUUUUAAAGUGGUGGAUAGGAUGAACUUACUGGCCGUUGGUCCUUCUCUUCUCUUUCUUAUUAGUAAUCUUGUUCAAGUGAGAGGGACUGACAUCUUCUUUUCAUUUCUUUCAUAUCUCCCUUGAUUCUGUUUCAGUUUGAAGUAAUAGGGAGGCUUGCAGACCUUACAAUUGUCUUUGUUAAAUACUUUUAUGACCGACUGACUUGAAUAUGCUUGCCAUUGGUCCUU